AGAGGCGGGACUGAUGUGGGAUCCUGUCUCAAACUCCUGCCAUGGCUGCAGCGCUGUGGACUGACCGAGGACGGAGGGCUGUGACUGUCGUAGGGACAGUGACGAGAUCCAGAUCCAGUCAGGCCGCUUUGAAAUCCCAGUAUGACGCACUGGUCAUCGGAGGAGGGCACAACGGGCUGGUGGCAGCUGCCUACCUACAGAAGGGAGGCCUGCAGACAGCCGUACUGGAGCGCAGACAUGUGCUGGGAGGAGCAGCAGUGUCAGAGGAAAUCUUCCCUGGUUUUAUCUUCUCUAGGUGUUCGUAUUUGCUCAGUUUAUUAAGGCCCCACAUAUGUGCAGACCUGGAGCUCAAGAAACAUGGGCUGAAGGUGUAUAUGAGGGACCCCCACGCUUACACUCCCAUGUUGGAGGAAGGGGUAGGAGGUGCCCCACCGAGGUCUCUCAUACUUGGCUCAGAUCUGUCCAUGACCUUAAAGGAGAUCAGCAAGUUCUCACAGAAGGAUGCUCAGGCUUAUCCAGAUUUUAUUGCACACCUUGAGAAGCUCGCCGAAGCCAUCCACCCUCUCCUGGAUGCUCCUCCCGUAGACAUUCCUGGUUUUACCUCUGGAUCCCUGAGGAAGAGGCUGUCUGUAGCAAAGACCCUGAUGCCUCUUGUUAAAUGCGGUAUGAAACUGGGCACAAACAUUCCAGAUUUUUAUGAGAUUGUAACUGCGCCGAUAAUGAAGAUUCUCAAUCGGUGGUUUGAGUCAGAGCCACUGAGAGCAACACUGGCUACUGAUGCUGUGAUAGGAGCCAUGACCAGCCCAAGCAGCCCCGGCAGUGGGUAUGUGCUCCUGCAUCAUGUGAUGGGGGAGGUGGAGAAGGAGAAAGGAGCUUGGGGUUAUGUGGAGGGAGGCAUGGGAGGCGUGUCUCAGGCUAUAGCUAGCUCUGCUCGAUCAUAUGGUGUGGACAUUUUCACUGAGAAGGAUGUAGGUCAGGUGCUGAUUGGUCCAGAUGGAGCUGCCAAGGGGGUGGUGCUGAAGGAUGGCACAGAGAUCCAGAGUAAAGUUGUUUUAUCAAACGCUACCCCGUACGUUACCUUCAAGAAACUCACACCUCAGACAGCCCUUCCUCCAGAGUUCAUCAAAGCUGUUGAUCAGAUUGACUAUACCUCACCUGUUACCAAGAUCAAUGUGGCAGUGGACAAGCUACCAAACUUCCUAGCAACUCCCACACCCGAUAACAAACCAGGGCCCCACCAUCAGUGCUCCAUUCAUCUCAACUGUGAAAGUGUAGAGGUAUUGGAGACAGCGUACAAAGAGGCCAUGAAUGGGCGACCCUCAGCAAGACCCAUGCUGGAGAUGACCAUCCCAUCAGUGUUGGAUCCCACUCUGGCUCCCCCUGGCUGCCACGUGGUGUCACUGUUCACCCAAUUUACCCCCUACCACAUAGAGGGCAAGGAAUGGACUGAACAGGAUAGAGAGGCCUAUGCAGAUAAUGUAUUUGACUGGGUGGAGCAAUAUGCCCCUGGGUUCAAAAAGUCUGUGGUGGGCAGAGACAUCCUGGCUCCCCCUGACCUGGAGAGGAUCUUUGGGCUCACAGGAGGGAAUAUCUUCCACGGAUCAAUGUCACUGGAUCAGCUCUACUUAGCACGACCAUUGCCCUCUCUCUCUGACUACCGCUCCCCAGUUAAAGGGCUGUACCUGUGCGGAAGUGGCUGUCAUCCAGGUGGUGGUGUGAUGGGUUCUCCAGGCUGGAGUGCAGCUCUCACUGCCAUGGCUGAUCUGAAACAUCGCUGAAAAGAAUCUGACAUCAGCUGAAGCAUGAAUAUCAACACUCCCUCAAACUAGCUACUUGAUCGGCUGUGUCUCCCUCCUCAUGUAUCGUUGCGCAUCCUAAUUGUAAUGUUUUCUGAAAAAUAAAAAGAUGCUCAGUGGUGGCUUAACAACAGCACAGCUCGGCGGGACAGAGACAAAGAAAGAGGCGGUCAGGCUCUUUGAAGGCCGUCAACCUGAAAAGUUCAGAAGUGCAGAACCCGGGUUUUACUCUUGGUAUUAAACAGUAGUCACCACUUUUGAAGCACCUCUUAUGAAGUCAUCUAACUGAGCCAGCAGAGAAAGACUGAUACCAAAUCAAUCACAGUGUUGAGAUAAAUGCAAUUCAUAAGAUGACUCACCCUUGACUUAAUGAAAUGAACCAAAACUGUAAUCAAAGGAAAUGACGCACAAUGAGCCUUUCUUACAACUUUUUAUGAAAAAACUCUGAAAUGAAAUUGA